AAUAUGGAGGGCAAAAACCCUAAAAGUCGAAAAGUUAAGGGGCAAAUGGGUACCUUUUGCCCCAUUUUGGGUAGUCCUGGAGGCCAAACAGCUAGAUUAUGCCCUUAUGCUUUCAGAUUUGAAAAAUCAUACCCACGGGAAAACAGUGGAAAUAAGCAGAAUGAUCACCGGAAGAAUCACCGAGAUAGCACGAAAAUUAGGCUGGAAUUCUCCCUAAGCCUUCUGUCUGCUGCUUCUCUUUUCUUUUUUUUUUUUCUCUCGGCUUUCCUUCUCCCCAAACGGCCUCCCCCAAAAAAACAAAUCUUCCUCUUCUCUGCUCAUCCCUUUAUUUAUACAAAAAUCAAAGCGAAGCCCUAGCCCUAUACCCUUUUUCUCAUCUCGAUCGUCCAAAUCGACAUCUUUUCUCCCCAACCAUUGAUCUGAAGUAGACAAAAUUAACUCCCUUCAUCUCAAAUUCCAUCCUUAUCAACCUCUGACAUGAUGAUUCUACGAAGAGGAUUGACAAGGAAAUUUGAUCCUAUCCCUAAUUUUUUGUCUUAUUUCCUUUGGGCCUUUUUUCUUUCGUUGUUGUUUGGGCAGCUUCGCAGUCCAACAUUGUUGAAAUCCUCAGUUGCUUUUACACUUGAAAAUCCUGAGGUGUACGCCAGAUUCAUGCCGAGCAGGAAUGAAGAGCUGAGGCUAAAACCAGUCAAGCUUGGUGCUAAUCAACAAGACGAGCAGGCGUACAAGGGUGACCGUGCAUAAUGAAUUCUCUGAAGGGAGCAAAGGUGAGUAGGCAGCGAACGAGCUGAACCAACCACCCAUGACGGGCUGAAAUGAGCAACCUCCGACGCUAUUUCAAUAUAAACCUCUGGGAUGC